CGUCCCAUUUUCUCCUCGUUGACGGACCGUGAGUCAAAACCCUGCGGUCUGUGAUAUCAAAAAGGAUUUUCAAUAUUCUCAAACUAUUUCCACGUCACCGAGUCCAAAUAGCUGUAAACACUGUAAGGGAAGCUUUGGUUAAGCUUAAUUUACUUAUUUAUUCCGAAAUGAACUACAUCACCUGUACAAUUUUCCUCAUCCCUCUCCUCGUCGCCAUCUCGGUGCAAGGGCUCGACUACGGAGCUACAUGUACCCCGUUGAACGACGCCUGCUACACGGAGCGACAUCUGGCCUGCAACGCGACCACGUUGAAAUGCACGUGCGCGAGCGACACUCUCGCCGUGGAUCGGAACGGAGUCUGCACCGCGACCUAUGGCGCGCCCUGUGCGUCCGACGCGGGAAUAAAUUCGACCCAGUACUGCAACAGGGACAGAUACUUGGGCUGCACCGGGGACCGUUGCGCCUGUCGAAAUCCGUCGACCCAAGUGUUCGACGUCAUCCGAAAUGCCUGCAGUUUGACCGUUGGACAAGAAGGGUGCGCCAUGAACCCGACCGAGUUUUCGCUGAAUUGCGUGCACGACGCCUUUUGCGAGAUGAUCAUGGACGGGUCGACCAUGGUUCAUCGAUGCAUCGAAUGUGUCAACUUUGAUAGCGAAACGUAUACUUGUUUAGACGUUCCGAGUGAGAUGGAGCACGGCAUGGCGAUGUGGUUUCAUACCGGGACGGAUGAAACGGUUCUCUUUAAAUUUUGGAAGACUGAAAAGACCGGCUGGUUCGUGCUCUCUCUCGUGAUAAUUUUCGCAAUGGCGUUCUCGUACGAGGGGCUCAAACACUGGAGGGACGUUCUCUUCAGAAAACAUGCGCAUUCCUCAAAAUCGGCCAGUAUUUUGACGGGAUUCCACAUUGCACAGACCUGUCUACACAUCGCACAGUUCGUGCUGUCCUACUUCCUCAUGUUGAUUUUCAUGACGUACAAUGUCUGGCUCGCCAUGGCCGUCACGUUGGGGGCCGGCGCGGGAUAUUUUUGCUUCGGGUGGAACUCCAUGUCGGCCGAUAGGAGCGACCACUGUUCUUAAAUUAAAGUAUUUUUAAAAAGUUUAAAAGCUAAUAUGAUAACUAUGUAUGUAGAUAUUUAGUCAAAUUCGUGACAAUAAAAUUACCCAUUUUCGGAAUUUAAA